AUGGAGAGUUAUGCAAUGAAUAGUCAAGACAAUCCAUUCUACUCUAUCAUUGAUGACCCAACGUAUACAAUUCAUCAAGCAUUGACAUACAGUAAUGACAGCAAAAUUAUCAACAGGUUUACAGGUGCAUUGGUUGUCUACUCGAUAACUCUACCUCCUUUUUUGGUUCUAGGUUUUGUAGUUGCUAUUUUAUUAAUUAUUAGAUGGAGAACAAUGGUUUUCAUCAAGAGAUGUCUUUAUGGACUAGUGGUGCUCAUGUCAUGUUUACAAAUUUUAUCAAUAACUUCAGGUAUCAUGUAUUCAGUUUGUGUUCUGAUAGGUAAUCAAAAGGAAUGCAUGGAUCCUUUUGCUGCUAUUCAAUAUUCAUGUGGUAAUCUGACUGUCAUUCUAUGUGUCUUUUGCUUCUUGACAAUUACAAGGAUUCUGUAUAAGGUUUACUUUGAUAAGUCACAGUGGUGGAUGAGAGUUGUUGAAAAUCAACAGGAAAGUUUAGGGAAAACCGUCCCAAAGAAGAUUGCCAUUAGGAAUCAACGAUUUGGCAAGUUUGUUAAAUGGACAGCUAUCAUUAGUGCUAUUGGACUUUUAAUUAUUGCCCCUCUUCACAUUGCUACUAUCAUGAUCACAUCUUUGACUUCUUUGAUGCCAGGUGUAAAGGCUGCAACAGCUUCCAGUAUUGGUUACAAUCGUUACUAUGCUGAUGCAGUAUUAGCUCUUGGCUAUUGGUUUUUGAUCUUCUUCUUUGGAAUUAUUAACAUUGUGGUUGGUGUUUCACUCACUGGAAAAUUAGGAGGUGAACAAGAAAAUGUUCCACUCCAAAGAAGAAAGGCAUGCAGACAAUUGAAUUUGUUGAAUGCAUUACAAUUGGUGUUUGGAGGAAUUACUGGUAGUAUUGUCAUUAUGGCCAUCUUAACAUUGGUUCAAUAUGAAAUUUAUAUUGCUGGUAUUACAUUGCAGAGAAUUAGCAUCUUUUUCUUUGCUGUUGCCUUGACAUUUAUUUAUGGACCUUUGGAUGAAUUGGAUUUGAAAGAAACAAAGGAAGAAAUCAUUAUGGCCACAAGAAAGAUACUACCAGCUGCCCUCGUUGAUAGAAAGGACAGAAUUGAAGAAUCUGAAGGCAGUCCAAGGGAUGAUGCCAGGAGUACAGUUGCAGAAUUGGCCAGUCCUUCAACAACAGACGAAAGUACGCCAUCACCUCCAAAAGAUGAAGAAACACCUGUACAAAACCAAGUUUAA